CCGUCCACGUCAACAGCCCCGCCCCCAGUACGGUCAACAUGACCUGCGACCAGAAGAGCCCAUGUCACGGUGACCCAGUGGCCACUAGAGCCACACUGACAAUCCGGGCGUGUCUCUCCCACCAUCUCCUCCCCCUACCCCGCCGUGCUGAGUGCACCCUGGGGCAUCACGAGCAAGUCGUGAGUGGACCAUUAGCUGACUCCAGGGCAUCACUGCCAUCAAUGGCUGACAUUAGGGCAUCUCUGCCCUUUCAGUUCUCGUGGCCCGGGUCGUUCACUCUUUGGCUGUCGGCAGUGGGACGUUGCCAGGGCCAGCCUGAUACAGAGUUGUCCAGCUUGGUAGUGGCGGACUUCAUGUCUCCUUCAUCACACUGGGUUGUCUACCCCGCCCACCUAGCGGCGUCAGAUGACGCUGGCAGUGCGUCGGCGUCACGUCCCCUCGCAAGUCACACUCUAGCUGACUCAAGUCACACUUCGGCUGAUUCCACACACGAUUUAUCUGACUCUGACGCACGACGCCACCAAGCGUCACUGACUCCCGGAUUAACCGCAGAAGAAAGUCCAGAAGUCAAGAUUGACGGACUGUCGUUAGCUGACUCAUUAACAGACGCUGACUCAUUAACAAAGCAAUCAACUUUAGUGAGGAACAAGGUCCCUAACCAUUCUAAACAAACGACACCCCGGAAGUCAAGUUUUCCAAGGAAGACGCGACAAGAUGCGUGGUCAAGACACAGGCCAAUGACGUCACACAGACGGCCGCGGAGACAGCAAGAAGAGUUUGUGACGUCAUCCGAUGCUGUGACCAGAAGUGCGGGGGCGGCGAUGGUGGUGGCAGUUCGAGUCGUCUGCAGCAAGCACUACUACGGCAGAGAGUGCUCCAGACUGUGUCGAGACAGGGACGACCUCCACGGGCACUACAGGUGUGGCGCUCUGGGGGAGAGGCUGUGUUUACCUGGGUGGACGGGGGACGGCUGUACGGAAGCUGUUUGUUCCCCGGGAUGUCUUGAGCACGGGGGCACGUGCAUCCGGCCCCACACAUGCACGUGCAAACAGGGAUGGUACGGUGAGCAGUGCAGCCAGUGUAGGACUCACCCCGGCUGUGUGCACGGCUCCUGUCGUCUGCCUGGGCAAUGUCUAUGUCACCCCGGCUGGACGGGGGCGCUGUGUGAUGAGGAAGAACAAUUUUGCCAGCACCACAACCCGUGCCAGAACGGAGGGACGUGUUACCAUGACAACGACAACAACAACUACACGUGCGGCUGUCCCCUGGGUUACACCGGCUCACACUGCCAGUUCCAGCAAUGUCAAGGUUACUUCUGUUCCAACCGUGGGACAUGCCAGAUAUCUGCUGGUACCAGACGCUGCGUCUGCAGAUAUCCGUACACAGGAGCCAGGUGCCGGGAGCAGACGAGAGUUCCUGGGGUCACCGCCACUCAAGGUCAAGUACACAGCCAGUGCGCAGGUCCGGCGUGCGGACAACCGGAGGACCAAUGUCAAGGUCAUGAGUGCUACAACAGCGGGAAGUGCGUUGUGUCGCCCGAGACUAACAGACCUACAUGCCAAUGUCCUUCACCUUUCACAGGAGACCACUGUAUCCAAGUCAAGGACAACCCAUGUUCUAGUCAGCCGUGUCUCAACAACGGAAGCUGUCAGACCAACUCAACUUCCGGUCAGUUCGCCUGUAGCUGUGUCGCCGGGUUCUCUGGGAGGCUGUGUGAGCAGAAGGUGGCCAAGAGCACAGUGUGUCGCACAGCGGGGGUCAAGGUCAAGGCCCCUGUCGUGUGCCACAACGGCGGCACGUGCGAGCGCACCCAGAGGGGCGACACGUUCCGGUGCAGGUGCGGGGAAAAAUUUACCGGGGAAUUCUGCGAGGUCAGCCAGUCCGGCGCGUGUGACAAUCACAGGUGCCUGAACGGUGGCACGUGUCACGUGGGCAGGGACAACUCACCCACAUGCACGUGCGCCCCUGGGUUCGCUGGACUGCUGUGCCACAGACUACUGGCUGACCCCUGCGCACGUGUGUCGUGUCAGCAUGGUGGCACGUGCGUGGCUCACGAAGAGAGGUUUGUGUGUGAGUGCAGAAGACCGUUCCACGGAGAGUUCUGCGAGCAGCUGACCAUCAGCAGUUCCUCGCACGUGCACAUCAAGAUCACAGCCUCCGUGCGGUCGGCUGGACAUCGGUGCUCACCCAGUGACCUCAUUGUCUUGUACCUCCUGUUGUUGUUGCUGUGGUGUGUGAGAUGAUGUCGUCCUCUGGCUGAAUCUCUCUUGAGAACAUCGAUACCAGAUAAUCCCAGCUCUAAUUUAUUGCAAAUUCCUGUGACGAUGGAUACCGACUUGUGAUUCAGUAUCUUGAAAUAUUAUCAGGUACUCUCAGGUACCCUACGCAACACCAUACCACCGUUAUUGUUAGACGACCUUCAGGACGGUUUACUUACGUACUGGCCAAUGAGAAUAUGCCGAGGUCAAGGUCAUUGGUCAACUCUACUUUACCUACCCUCUGAACUUUGUGACGGCACUCUAGCAGACGACCCGGCGGUUGUGAAUUUAAAAAAAAAACAUUUUUCGACAAAAGAUUUCUUCGUUCUAAUGGGUUUCUACACCAAGACACCAACUACAACAUCCCCAACACCAUCAAUACCAUCUACUACACCAUCGUACCAUCCACCCACCACACCUUCCACAACAACAUCCACCACAACAUCCACCACAUUAUCCACCACACCAUCCACCACACCAUCCAGUGUUGUGAAGCCAUCCUGUCUUACGCACAACAUAUUUCAUUUAUUUUAUGUUAACUUUGACUGACACAUUUGAUGUAGACAUAAUAUGACAUAUAAAUGUUAAUGUUGAUCGAAUGAAUGUCAACUUGACCUGGUAAAUGUUGAUUGAAGCAUCAGAUGUUGCCAUGACAUGACAUGACAUUUUUAUUGUAGACUUGCAUGACAUACUUAAUGUGAUAUGACAUGAUGUACCUAAUGUCAACUGUAACAUGAUAUAAACUAUUUUCUAUUUUGAUUUUAAUAAUAAAUGAAAAAGAAGCAGAGCUACUCUACUUGCUCUACUCAACUAAAGAAUGUGAGAAGAUACCUGCUGUAUAAUCUUGAUUGUUGAUAAGUUGAUAUGUCAUUAAAUGUAUGCU